AGAAAGUAGUUUUAUAAAAUAUAUCUUAAAUGAAAAAUCGUUCAAUAUAAGGAGCAAAUGUAUUUUGUCCGUGAAAUCCACUGUGCGAAGGAGUAGAAGUCCCGCAGUAUUGGAAGAAGUGUGGUAAACUAAGGCUAUUGACAGCAAUAGGUUAACAACAAAUAUGGUUUUUUUGCACAGCCGUACGGAGAAGUGAUUGCAAUUGCUGCAAAGAAUGGAAAAUGAGCAUUGUUAAGCAAUUACGGUAGCAUGAGCAAACACCAACAACAUUGCCUUGCUUUUCUGAACUAAUCGCAGAGAAACCCGCUUGAAAUCCCGAUUCCCAGUGCCGUGGUGAAGGGACUUUUACAGAAGAAAGAAAGGUGCAGCCGAUAGUGAAGGUGUUUUCCCGACUGCAACGCAAGUAGCGUACAUCGCUGCAACGACCAUGUCGUCUGCACAGCGAGCGUUCGCUUCAAAGUUGACCAAGCACAACUCGUCCGACAUCCGUAAGAACGUGGCAAACUACCAACUGUUAUCGAAAAGUGAUAGCAGCUCAGUAUGCUCCUCUUCGAUAUCGUUGUGUGACCUCGUUGAGCCGAUCGAUUAUGAGGAGUUUCUGGCACAACACAGCAACCUCUUGCAGAAAGAUCACCUUCGAUCGAUUCUCGACUUCCCUUCUGGGGAUGUGCAAGUGAGGAUUGUUCCACGUAAAAUUCGCACCAUAGAACAUGUCAUCCCGAAGGAACCGAUGGAGGAAUUGCCUCCCUAUGUGCAGCACUGUGUCGAUUGCUUCACGAGACCUUGGAAGGUGGUUGACUUCUCGGCACGGCACCACUCGAGCUCGUGUAGCACUCGCGAGCGAAAGGAGAAAGGUGCGCUGAGUCCCACGUCGUACCAGCAGGAGUUUGAGAUAGAUCGAGAUUUCAGCAAUCUGGUGUCGUUGGAUGAAUCGGUCACUUCUACUACGCUGUACGCGAGCGAAAGCUGUACCCCUAGCAGUCGUCAGUCCAUUGCAAGCCUUUCGUCGGUAUCGACCUGUACCGACACUCUUACACCACGCGGAUCGUGGGCUUCGUUCGAUUUGAGAAGCUCGGUGAAUGAUCCUCUCAUUACGGGUGUUUUGGAGCGUGUACCACCAGAGAGUGUUGACCAAAGCAAUGAAAGCAAACGGCAGGAGGAGCGGCAACAGGCGUUAUUCGAUCUGUAUGCGGAUGGGGAAAUGGAGGAAACCAUCGAGAAGCGAAUGCCAGCCGAGAUGCCGAUGGAACAUUUGGGCAAUCGCAUCCACGUGAAGUGUCUUCAUCUGAAGUUGGAGCUGGAGGUAGAGCCGAUCUUUGCGUCGAUGGCUAUAUACGAUGCGAAGGAGAAGAAAAAACUGUCUGAGAAUUUCUACUUCGACAUGAACCCGGAAUCGUUGCGGCGUAUGUUGGUGAACCAUGUGCCGUUUGCGGACAUUAGCACGCAGGCCCGCGAGGCAAUCUUCGACAUCACGAAUCCAAGCAACGAGCUCUAUCUCGUAAUACGAUUGGAAAAAGUGCUUCAAGGAGACAUCAAAGAUUCGGUGGAACCUUACUUGAAGGAGGACAAGGACAAGUAUAAGGAUAAAGCGAAAUCCAAUGCAGCAGACUACUGCGAACGGCUCGGAAAGUAUCGAAUGCCGUUCGCUUGGACGGGUAUCUAUUUAACAAGCAUCUUUAACGGGGACAGCAUGGAAAAGGAUGAUCGUGAAAGCAUUGGUUCGGCUUCGAGCUCCAACAGCUUGGAUCGCAAAUCAUCAACCAGCAGCUUCGAUCAGUUCCGGAAGAGGGCCAGCGAUAUGGGAACGCUUACACGGCGCGGAUCAUUGGAGCGCAAGAUGGAAAAACGUCGCUCCUGGUCGCCGGACGAUUUUGCCAACAGCAUCGAGACUUUUCGCCCAAUCACUAUCACCGUAGCGAGCUUUUUUAAACAAGAGUCGGACAAAAUGAAGGACGAAGAGCUGUACAAGUUUUUGCCGGAAUUGAAACGCCCGGCUGCGCUGAUGAAAAAGCACAAAUGCAUCCCCGGUUCGAUUAAGGUGGAGAUAGCGCCAGCGCCCGAAGAACUUAAGUAUGCGCUGACACCAGAGUUGGCCAAAAUCGAUCCGUACCCCGACGAUCACUCGCGUCCGGUGAAGGAAAUUUUAGAAUUUCCCUCCACGCCGAUACUGAACCCUCAUUACGCUUAUCGCAAUUUGCUGUUUGUCUCGCCCAAGGAGCUUAACUUUUCAACACGUGCCGGAUCGGCCCGUAACAUUGCGGUGCGCGUACAGCUGAUGGGCGGCGAAAAGCAAUCCGAUGCGCUACCCGCCAUAUUUGGUAAGAGUUCGUGCUCGGAGUACAGCACGGAGGCGUACAGCGCUGUCAAUUACCACAACAAGCAGCCAACGUUCUACGAUGAGAUCAAAAUUGAAUUACCGGCAAAUCUGAAGCAAAACCAUCACAUUCUCUUUACGCUAUUUCACGUUUCCUGCCAAAAGAAGCCCCAGGAAGUGCAAACCACGGUCGAAACGCCAGUCGGAUACACCUGGCUGCCGGUGUUGAAAGAUGGCGGUCAUCUAAACGUCGGUGAAUUUAACCUGCCCGUAAUGGUUGAGGAACCACCGAACAACUACUCCUUCAUCCCGCCCGAUGUGCAGCUGCCCGGUACCAAGUGGCUGGACAACCAUCGGCAAGUGUUUUCCGUCACGAUUGAUGCCGUUACGUCGGUGCACGCGCUGGAUGACUAUCUGGAUAAGUUCAUCUAUCUCUGCGAAUGUCUAGACAUGCGAAAGGUGCCACCGCGCAUCGGUGAGGGAAACAUGGAGAAGGAGUUUAAGAAAACGCUGCAGGAGUUGCAGAGCGCCGACCAGGAACAGUUGGUAAAAAAUUUGCAAGUUAUACUGGACAAGCUGAUUGAGCUGCUGGUAACGAGCUACAAGAUUGGUGGUGAAGCACUGUCGCUCGGUCAAACGGUAUUCGAAACAAUCUGCCAGAUAUCGGACAAGAUAUUUUUCCUUCAACCAGAGGAGAGGUACGGUCGGCAAAACAUUCUUAGCACCUACAUCCAGUAUCAGUGCAAAAUCCCUCACCCGAUGGACCCCAAGUGUAAGCUAGCCUCCUUACAAAUGCCCAUUCGGCGCCCUGCAUCGGCCGAAGAGAUGAAUCGGAGCACUAGCAACUCGGACCUGAUGGCUCUUACCGAUCUAAAUGCGAGCCGUACUGUCGAUCGCGCGCUGAGUAUGCGAUCGGAUGGCUGUUCGCCCGGGUCAGGCGUAAAGGACGGGCUGGUACGGCUUUUGCACGAAGAGAUUGCACUAAACUGGGUAGUGGCCAGUGGAUCUGCGGCGGAAUUGUCCAUGACCAACUCGUGGAUGCUGUUUGAACUGAUUGUGAAAAGCAUGGUCGAACAUUUGGAACUCACGAAUGCGCUGAACUCGCCGCGCAAAAGCCGGUUCCCGCAUCAGUACACGGAUGACAUAGCGACGCUGGUGCACCUGGUUACGACCAAAGUGGUAGGCUACAACAGCAGCGACCCAAAGCUCGCCCAAUCGAUAAAUUCCAGCUUGGCGUUCUUCAUAUUCGAUCUGCUAAGCAUCAUGGAUCGUGGCUUUGUGUACGGGCUGAUAAAGACGUACUAUAAAGUGAUCAUGACCAAGAGCUCGUCCACGCCGGACAUGAUCCACUAUAAGCUUGACUUUCUGCGCAUCGUCUGCAGCCACGAGCACUUUGUGGCGUUGAAUCUUCCUUUCGGCACGCCGUACACGGUUCUUUCGGCACCGUGCAGCCCAACACCAAGCGUUACCUCGAACAACAGUCAAAAUUCGUACAUCAGCGCCAUGACCGGUAAUGAUCGUGCGCUGUACGCUGAUUUGAGCGUAGAAUUCCGACAGCAGCACUUCUUGGUGGGGUUGGUCCUGCAGGAACUCUCCAACGUGCUGGACAUUUCAAACGCACAGCUGCACGGCAAAGCCAUACGUUGUCUGCGAAAUCUUCUCACUUCGCACGAUCUGGAUCCCCGGUACAGCGAGGUGGAUGCAAGGGCCCGUGUCGCCGCCCUCUAUCUUCCGCUGCUUGGUAUCGUGAUGGACGUAAUACCGCAGCUAUACACACCCGUGUCACAAUCGCACGACCGCUUGAAUACGAUCGGCCAGCUGGACGAUUACCAAGGUCCGGCGGCUUCUGUGCCGGCGGCAAGCACUAUCAGUCCGGAGGUAGCAUUUGCUAUUUCCGGUAUCCGGCGCUACAGCUACGUUUCGGAAACGCCCAAACCCAAAACGGUACUGACGAACGAUACCCGAAAUUUGCUGGCCUGCUUCCUGUGGGUGUUAAAAAAUCUCGAACCAACCACCUUGAUCAAGUACACGAUGGGCUUGAGCCCGCACCGCGUUCAUCAGAUGCUGCAGGUGCUGAACAUCUGCAUCCCCAACUUUGAGUAUCGCGGUAAGAAGCAGCCGGCCAACACCUCCAAGCGCAACACUUCUAGCUUCCGCAAAACACCUGACAUGCGCGAGAAGCUGGAGGAAUUCAUUCGUGGCACCGGAUCGGCUAGAAACGAUCUCAUCAACCGGCGUAAGGAUGGGCGCAAUUCGACGGAAAAGCUUCGCUGGAAGAAGGACCAAAUACGCACCCAGUUCUACGACAGCAACAUUAAGAACGAGGCCGAGCUAGAGAUGAGCAAUUUCAUCGAAGGAUCUCUGGCAACCGAGGUGUGUUUAAUCAUUUUGGAUACGCUGGAAAUGGUCGUACAGGUGGCAUCGUCUUCCGAAAUGCAUCACAGCCUGCUGGGGACGGUGCUGAAAGUGUUGCUGCACGCCCUUUCCCGCAAUCAGAGCACAUUGGCGUUGCAAAACCUGUUCGCUUCCCAACGGUCGCUGGUUUUUAAGUACCACAAUUUGCUGUUUGACGAGGAAACAGACAACUGUGCGGAUCUUUGCCUGCUGCUCCUCAAACACUGUGGCUCUCAGCUGCCUACGGUACGAUCGCAAGCGGCGGCUUCGCUGUAUUUGCUGAUGCGGCAAAACUUUGAAAUUGGAAAUAACUUUGCACGUGUGAAAAUGCAAGUAACGAUGUCGCUGAGCUCGCUGGUGGGCACCAGCUCGUCGUUUAGCGAGCAAUCCCUUCGCCGCGCUUUAAAAACCAUUCUGGUGUACGCGGAAUCGGACACAGACCUGCAGGAGACAUCCUUCCCCGAGCAGGUGCAGGAUUUGCUCUUCAACCUGCACAUGAUUCUGUCCGACACGGUAAAAAUGAAGGAAUAUCAAGAGGAUCCGGAAAUGUUGUUGGAUCUCAUGAAUCGCAUCGCGAAGGGAUACCAAAACUCGCCCGAUCUUCGCCUAACCUGGCUGGAAAACAUGGCCAAGAAGCAUACCGAACGUGCGAAUCACACGGAGGCAGCCAUGUGCUACGUCCACAGUGCGGCGCUCGUGGCCGAGUAUCUCAGUAUGCUGGAAUCGCAAACUCAUCUGCCGGUCGGUGCCGUUUCGUUUAAGCACAUAUCGCCGAACGCGCUCAUGGAGUCUGCCGUUUCGGACGAUGUGGUAAGCCCCGGUGAGGAUGGCAUAUGUCUCGGCAACAGCUUCACGGAGGGUGGUCUGAAGCAGCUGCUCGAUCAUGCAGCGAGCGCAUUUCAGGUAGCCGGCAUGUACGAGGCAAUGAACGAUGUGUACAAGGUGCUGAUACCCAUCUGCGAAGCGAACCGCGACUUUCGCAAAUUGGCCCAAAUUCAUGGCAAACUGCUCGAGGCCUUCAAUCGCAUCGCCCAGCUGCAGGGCAAGCGUGUGUUUGGAACGUACUUCCGCGUUGGGUUCUAUGGCGCCAAGUUUGGCGAUCUGGACCAGCAAGAGUUCAUCUACAAAGAGCCCACGCUUACGAAGCUGCCGGAGAUAUUUAGCAGGCUGCAAAAUUUCUACGCCGAUAGGUUUGGUCCGGACGUGGUACAGAUCAUAAAGGAUUCGAACGCAGUCGAAGUCGCGAGUCUGGAUCCAGAAAAGGCGUACAUACAGAUUACGUACGUCGAACCGUACUUUGAAACAUAUGAGCUUCGGUACAAGGAAACCUACUUUGAACGCAACUUUAACAUCAAACGUUUUAUAUUCGCGACGCCGUUCACACAAUCCGGAAAAGCGCACGGCGACCUGCACGAGCAGUGUAAGCGCAAAACCAUUCUAACCACCGCCAAUCACUUCCCGUACGUUAAAACGCGCAUUCAAGUAGUGCAUCGGCAUCAGAUCGUGCUGGAACCGAUCGAGGUGGCAAUUGAAGAUAUACAGAAAAAGACUGCUGAGCUGGCUGCCGCCACCAACCAGGAGCCGGCCGAUCCCAAAAUUUUACAAAUGGUGCUUCAGGGUUGUAUCGGUACGACCGUCAAUCAGGGGCCAAUGGAGAUGGCUCUCGUGUUUCUAUCCAACAUCGCCAACGGGAACACGAUUCCCACCAAGCAUCAAAAUAAGUUGCGACUUUGUUUCAAAGAUUUCUCCAAAAAAUGUGCAGAUGCGCUGAAAAAGAACCGUAAUCUCAUUCUGUCCGAUCAAAAGGAUUACCAGAAGGAGCUGGAGCGUAACUAUCAAGUUUUUACCGAGCGACUAGCUCCAUUGAUUACUAUUAGUCCGUCGCAGGCCCAGGGAUUGGUGGCAAUGAAAAGCGACCUUCACAAUAAUAAUCGUUGGACAUGCUCGCUUCGAUUCUAAGAGACUGCAACGCUCUCUUUAUCACUUUUUUCUUAAAUUUCAUUCAAAGAUACUCGAAUCGAUUGCAUGACUUGUCUGUUCGGUUCGAUAUGUGUUGUAAUAAUUAUGCAUCAGCGCUGCAGCAUAUAAAAAGUAACACUACUUUCUCAUUUAUGUAGACACCCAAUUCUAGUUUAAGCACCAAACGUUCUGAAGUUAUUCAAAUCUUCCUUUGUGUGGUAGUCGUUCGGUGUUAAUGAUAAUGAUUCGUUUGCAAUUAUCACUAUCGCUGCAUAAAAUGUCUGAUAGGAAACGCUCUCUACAGCUAUUGCAGGAGCAAAUAUUGUUUAGGGUUGAUGCUCUCUUAUUUACCUUCCGCUUCAAUGUAAGGAUCAAUUAAAGGUUCUUCCCCGUUGUACCAAAUCUUCGAUUUACUGUCCCACUGUGUUUCGCAUCAAUUAGUGCCAAAGAUUUACUGGGCGAGAAGUUAUGAAUACACUCACUCGCAACGUUCACUGCUGCGCAAACCAAUUUCUGAUCUUCAGAGCACACAUAUACUCCAUUUUAUGAUCUAUUCGCGACCAGCAAGCAGAUUUCCCUGUACUAUUAAUUAUUUGCAAUGUUUUUUAACGCGUGUGAGCAUUGUAAUGUGUGUUAUUAUCUUCGCGAGAUAGAAAUAUGAUCUUUUACGCCCUGUUUUAUCAAACGAUCCACAUUAAUUAAGCCGUCGGAUCUCUACAGAGCAUGAAGGAGAAAUAAAUACUCCGCAUUAUAAUAUACCGUAGCUUUGAUGCAAAUAUCAGAACCGUACAUUGGUAAAUAUACCGCAAUUCACUACUACACAAUAACUAAUUCACUAUUGGAGAGCAUUUCUAAAAAUAUCAUGGCAAUAAAUGACCAGCAUUAGUAA